AUGGCACCGGUCAAAUCAGCCUCAGACACCAAGAAGCGAAAGACGAGCAGCACCCCGCAAAAGCAAACACCAGCGACACCAGCGGCGGCUAGUUCCUCCGGUAAGAAAAAGAAGUUGGAACAGCGGGCACCUGCCGAGAAUCAUGUAGGAGACCAGAAGGCUCCAAAGGACAGUCAUGGCGAAGUUGCUGCCACGGAAGAAUAUUUUCCGCGAGGGGGAGCUUCUGCUCUUACACCUCUAGAAUAUCGUGAUGUCACCGAUCAAGCGAGAAAGGAUAUUCUAUUUGAGCAAACCGAAACGGAGGAAAAGCCAAAGCAGAAAAAGAAGAGACGAAGAGCCGAGGAUGAAUCCAACAAUGGCGAAUUGGGAUCCAAAAAGUCGCGGACGGACGAUACCUCCUUCGCCGAAACUCUGUCAUUCAAGCGCCUUGACGUCGGAAUGAGCUUAUUGGGCUGUGUCAAGGAGAUCAACGAGCUGGAUUUAGCAGUGUCGCUCCCAGGGCAACUCACCGGUUAUGUUUCUAUAACUGAGAUCUCUGACGCAAUAACCGCUCAGCUUCAGAAGGCUGUCGGCGAUGACGAAGAGAGUGGAGAUGAUGAGUCACCCCUUCCCGAGCUUAAGGACUUGUUCUCGAUCGGGCAAGUUGUUUCCUGUGUAGUCACAGAUCUCGAGCAUGAUACAGGGGCCGGGGAAGAGGGAGCAGAUAAAGCAUCGGGAAAAAGACGUGUGGCUCUAUCGUUGAAACCGGAAGCGGUGAAUGCAAACCUAUCUACAGGAGAUCUUGUAGAGGGGUUCAUGCUACCAGCUACAAUCACGAGUGAGGAGGACCAUGGAUACAUUUUAUCAUUUGGCAUUGGGGGGAUUUCCGGGUUUCUUCUUCGAAAGAACGCAAAUACCUACAUAUCUGAAAGGAACGGAGGACGGCCGUUGAAAGUAGGGCAGCUGGUGUACGGUGGAGUUUUAAAGAUUGAUGAUACGCGUCGAGUAGUUUCCGUCACUUUGGAUUCUGCCGGCCUAACGAAAUCCGUGAUCCCAGCGAGUCACGCCGCCGGGUUCGAUACGCUGAAGGCUGGCGCUCUUGUCAAUACAAAAAUCAAGGCGGUUUUGGGCAAUGGCUUACUGCUCACUUUCUUGGGCGUCCUUGAGGGGACAGUCAACAUGGCUCACGCGGGAUUUGUCGUCAGAAAUCCAGAGGAAGACCUGAACGCGCACUACAAAGCGGGCCAGAAAGUCCGGGCGCGAAUACUUUACAUCAGCGCCAGUAGGAAAAAGAUAGCAUUGACUCUUGCACCCCAUCUCCUUGACAGCGUUCCUUAUCAAUUUCCUCCGCAAUCCGUUAUCGACGUCGGCAGUAUCGUCGAGGACUUGACCAUCGCACGUAUCGAUGCAAAAGUGGGUGUGUUAGUAGAGCACCCUACAUAUGGGCUCGGAUAUACACACAUAUCUCGCCUGUCAGACAGCCCAAUCGACAAAAUAGAAAAGAAAUUCAAGCUUGGUUCUAAGCAUCGCGGAAGGGUUCUUGGAUUUGAUUAUUGCGAUGGAUUACUGCAACUCACCUUCCAGAAAAGCAUUUUGGAGCAACGUUUCAUGCGGCAUUCAGAUAUCAAACCUGGUAUGACAGUGAAGGGCCAAGUGGUCAAGCUGACUCCGGCGGGCAUGAUCGUGGCGCUGUCGAGCACAAUCAAUGGCCUUUGCCCCAAGAAUCACCUCUCCGACAUCAACCUCAGCAAUCCAGAGAAGAUGUUCAAGAUAGGGGCGCCCAUAAAGUGUCAAGUCUUGUCAGUCGACGUCAAGGAGAAGCGCGUCAUUUUGACACACAAGAAGACUUUGAUGAGCUCCAAUCUACCUCGAAUCUUGUCAUAUGCUGAUGCGAAAGUCGGGGACCUCGUCCAUGGUGUCAUCAGCAGCGUGAAAACCUUUGGAUGUAUUGUAUCCUUCUACAAUGGAGUGCGGGCGCUGGCCCCAUUGCCUGAGCUCAGCGAAAAGUUCGUGGAAGACCCGUCGAAAUUGUUUACAGUCGGACAAGUUGUGAAAUGUCGUGUCAUUUCGGUGGAUGUUGAAGAUGAGAAAAUGCGUGUAAGCAUCAAGCUGCUUGGCAAAGGUCCACAAGGAUCUCUCAGUUUAGAUGCCGUCAAUAUUGGGGAUACUGUCAGUGGGAAGAUCAUCAGUGUACUCCCAGAUGGUGUCUUAAUUGAGCUUAAGCCUUCACUUGUUCGGGGUUACUUGACCAAGGCGCACCUCACAGAUCACCCCGUGACUGCGGACAAGCUGUUCAAAACAUUACGUGAAGGAGAUUCACUAUCUAACUUGGUAGUCCUUGGAAAGGAUACCAAGAAGGGCCAUGUAGUCGUCUCCAUGAAAGGUCUGCUAGUUGAUGAAAUUGGCCGCCACAACAGCGUUCCUACUUUUGAAGAUUACAAGGAAGGAAUGGUCGUCCCUGGAUACGUCAAAAACAUAACAGAAAAGGCGUGUUUCGUUGGGUUACUGGGUGAUUUAGUCGGCAUGGCGAAGCUUCAUAACAUCUCUGAUCGAUUCGUGGCAAAUCCUUCUGAUUUCCUGAAAGUCGGUCAAACUGUCCUUGUCGCAAUAACGAAUGUGGAUGUCGAGAGCCGUCGCGUCGAAGUCAGCCUCAAACAUUCGCACUGUGCAAAAUCGGAUGCUUCAAAGGUCUUUGAGACCGCACUACUACGAUCCUUGUUCCGAGAGCAAGAUCUCCUGCAAUUUGGAAAGACCGCGAAAGACACUUCCAAGAGUAUCCGUGAUUGGGCUGGUCGCUUCCGUCUUGGCGGAAAAGUGGUGGGCACCGUGAAAAAGCAGAUGCCCUACGGUGUUAUUGUAGAUCUCAAGGACGGAGUGUCGGGACUGAUUACGAACACCCCGAAGGGAACGAUAUUGAAUGUUGGUACUAGCGUCAACGGAAAGAUUGUAGAUGUCAAUGCAGAGCGGCGUAUUGUGGAUCUCAUCGUCGCGUCUGAAGAUGACACCAACACGGACAAGGAGAAUAUUGAUGCGGCUACGUCCAAAAAGGUCAAGGCUGCAUUUGACAAAGGAACCAUAGUGGACGCGGUCGUUCAGAUUGUCAAGGAGGACUAUGGAAUCUUGACUCUGCCGGCUAUCCACAAUGCCGUUGCUUUCGCCCUUGCCAAGAAUCUGAAUUCUCCUGGAACACCAUUUACCAAGUUCAGAGUCGGGCAGCAACUUAAGGUUACGAUUACAGCUUUACCUGAAGCUCAGCCAGACAGCAAAAUGGAUGGAUUUCUCAAGCAAAAGUUCCUAGUUGUGCCGAUACCGGAGAACGAUCAGCCAAAGGAUCUUCUCGAUGCACAGCGGACGGUGAAAAAUUCUGUUGACCCUAAUUUCCGCAGGCUUGACGACUACACCCUUGGCGCACGAGUCAAAGGGAAGAUCACUUCAAUAAAGGACACCCAGGUUAACAUUUCUCUUGGUGCCAACUUAAAAGGCAGAAUACAUGGCACGCAAGUAAGCGAUAACCUUGCCGACAUUGCGGACCCCAAGCACCCUCUGCGACACUUCAAAGUUGGUGAAAUCAUUGAUUGCAAAGUCAUCGGUUUCCAUGACGUCAAGACGCAUCGGACCCUCCCCUUCAGUCACCGUAAGCCUGUUUCUCAGACGGCCGUUGAGCUGACUGUGAAGCCAUCUGAUAUGGCAGUACCUGACUUUGAGCUCACGGAUGCCUCAAAGGCUCCAUCGACCCUCGACAACGUUACGGUUGGAACUGAAUAUAUUGGUAUUGUGCAAAGUGUCGAUGAUGAUGCUCUUUGGAUCCACAUCAGCCCAUCAUUGCUCGGCCGAGCUCAUUUGUUAACACAUCCGGAUCCCAGUGUUCUACGGAAACCUCAAAAGCAUUUCCCGCCUGGGACUGCAGUGCGUUGUUGGGUCCAGAAGAAGAAUGCGGAGAAAAGUACUCUUGACCUUUCCUUGUGUGAACCUACUCCCGAGUCUCUCAUCACUUUGGACACUGUGAAAGUCGGUCAACUGCUCCAUGGCCGUAUUACACUUUUGCAACCAGGACAGGGGUUGACAAUACAGGUGUCUUCGUCGCUAUAUGGACGAGUCCAUCUGACCGACCUCAGCGAUACGUACCAAAAAGAGCCACUUGCAGGUUUCCAACCCGGAAGGAUUGUUCAAUGUUGCGUGAUUGGUGUGACCCGAGAAAAGAAUCAGCUUGACUUGUCUUUGCGGGAGUCGCGUCUGAAGAAUGUGGCCGAGGAUGUCUCUGAUCCAGAGGUCAAAGAUAUCGCCCACAUCAAGAAUGAUACAGUGGUCAGCGGAUAUGUGCGGAGUGUCGGGUCUGGGGGACUGUUCGUCGCUCUCAAUCGCCAUUUGGCUGCCAGAGUAAAAAUUAGCGAGCUCUCUGACGCGUUCAUCAAAGACUGGCAGUCGGCUUUCAAGGUAGGGCAGCUCGUCCGAGGAAGGAUCGUCGCUGUCAACCCUGCGGUAAACCGUAUCGAAAUGUCUAUGAAGCAGAGUGUUGUGGAUCCCGACGCCAAUCCGCAGAUGUACACCUGGAGUAAUAUUGAGCAGGGUCAAAAAGUGAAGGGGACUGUAAAGAAGAUUGCUGAAUACGGUGUCUUUAUUCAACUCGCUCACAGUUCCCUCAGUGGCCUAUGCCACAAGUCAGAAUUGUCUGAUAAUCCGGUGAAUAUGAUUGAGAAACUCUACUCUGUGGGAGAUCCUGUGAAGGCUGUUGUACUCAAAGUCGACCUGGAGAAGAAAAAAUUGUCUCUCGGUUUAAAAGCGUCUUACUUUGAUGAGAUGGACACGGACGACAAUGAGCCGGCUGAUGCAAUGGACGUUGACAACGUCGUUGGGGAGGAUGAAGAUGCUAACGCAAUGGACGUGGACGAUGAGCAUGUCGAUAGCGAGGAGGACGAAGAAGCUGAGGAUGAUGAGGAAGAUGAAGCCGACGGGGCAUAUUCAGGAUAUGAUGAUGAAGAGAGUGAUGACGAUGAUAAUGAAGACGGUACUGCUCCCUUGGACAUUGGUGGAUUCGACUGGGAUGGAGCAGAAGCUUCUGCAGGAGAGGAAGAGCCAGAGUCCGAAAGUGAUGCUGAGGACGCGGAAGAAAAAGCCGCGAAAAAGAAAUCUCGCCGUGCGAAACAGCGUGCGAAGCGCGAAGAAGAAGAACGCAUUGCAGAAAAGGAACAAUCCUUGCUUGAGGGUGACAAGCCACCGGAAUUAGCGGAAGACUUUGAGCGUUUGUUACUUGGAUCUCCCAACAGCUCGUUCCUGUGGAUCAAGUUCAUGGCUUUCCAGCUCCAACUAGCCGAAAUUGAGAAAGCACGGGAAGUAGCUGAGCGAGCAUUGAAGACGAUCAGUUUCCGAGAGGAACAGGAGAAAAUGAACGUUUGGGUGGCACUUAUGAAUCUGGAGAACACGUACGGCACUCAGGAGAGUUUGUUGAAAGUUUUUGAGCGGGCGGUAGCGAUGAAUAAUCCAAAGGCAGUGUACAUUCAUCUCGUUCGGAUUUAUGAACGUACCGAAAAGUGGGAUCUUGCAAAUCAGUUGCACCAGGUUAUGACAAAGAAGUUCAACACGAGCUCAAAGAUCUGGACGUCAUACGGUCUUUAUCAACUUAGACGAGGCAAAGUGGAAGACGCCCGCCGAAUUCUUCAGCGAAGCUUACAGAGUCUUCCUAAGCGAAAACAUGUGAAAACGAUCUGCAAGUUUGCUCAAAUGGAAUUCAAGUACGGCGAGCCCGAACGUGGACGAACGAUAUUUGAAGGCAUCAUGAGCAAUUAUCCCAAACGGAUCGAUUUAUGGUCUAUAUAUUUGGACAUGGAAAUGCGCAACGGAGAUGCUGCUAUCAUAAGACGACUCUUCGAGCGUGUGAUCAACCUCAAGGUUUCCUCAAAGAAGAUGAAGUUUUUCUUUAAAAAGUACCUCGAGUAUGAAAAGAAGCAUGGUACUCCAGAAUCUGUGGAGCAUGUCAAGCAGGCCGCUGUUGCUUAUGUAGAGCGUUUACAGAGUGAAUAGUGUUUAUUACUUAUAGUACUAGCUAGCAAACAUGUAAAUAGAAAUUAUAUCACCCUUCAUUUACCUUCAUUUACCACAAUUUCAAU